AUGAGUGCCGCAGACGGUCUCGGAACCCGAGUUGACCGGCUGUCCAGUCUGGACGCCAGUCGGGCCGACCUUUAUGGCGGUCCCAAUGUCGUCCUCCCUCCUAAACAUCUUAUGGCCUCCAGUGCUCACGACACCGCGAUGGAAAUGCAAAUGGCUAAACAACACCUCGAAGAGGAGACAUCCUCUGAAGAUGGAUCGCCUCGUGUGGCCUCGCCUACCUCUAAACCUGCUCAGACCACUAGCGACGACUUUGCCUUGGCCUUCGAUAUCGAUGGAGUUCUACUGAAAGGUGGCGACCCCAUUCCCGCGGCCAUUGAUGCCCUGAAAUACAUCAACGGGGACAAUCCCUAUGGAAUCACUAUUCCGUACAUCUUUGUGACGAACGGCGGGGGCAAGUCGGAAGAGGAACGAUGCUUAGAUCUCAGUCGACAAUUACAGCUGGAGAUCUCUCCCGGCCAGUUUAUCUGCGGGCACACACCGAUGCGCGAUAUGGCCGAGCGAUACAACACCGUCCUUGUCGUGGGCGGCGUGGGCGAGAAAUGUCGAGUGGUCGCCGAAAUGUACGGCUUCAGGGACGUCAUCACCCCCGGAGAUAUCAUCAAAACGCGCAAGGACACCACUCCCUUCCGCAGCCUGACCGACGAUGAGUUUGAGAACUCGCGCGCGCGAGACCUCAACAAUACUAAGAUCGACGCGAUCUUCGUCUUCGCCGACAGCCGGGAUUGGGCCGGAGAUCAGCAAAUCAUUCUGGACGUCCUGAUGUCGAAGGAAGGACAUCUAGGUACUCGUUCGGAGACCUUCAACGAGGGGCCUCCCCUGUUCUUCUCCCACAACGACGUCGUAUGGGCCACCUCUCAUGAACACUCCCGUAUCGGUAUGGGCGCACUACGGGCCUCGCUGGAGGCACUCUACAAAGCCGUCACCGGGAAGGAUUUGUCGACCAUUGCCUUCGGAAAGCCCCAACUAGGCACAUAUCAAUUCGCCACCCGGCUCCUUCGCCAGUGGCGCAAGGACACCCAUGGCAUUAAUAAGCCCCCGCGCACCGUCUACUUUGUCGGCGACACCCCCGAGUCCGACGUCCGAGGGACCAACGAAUUUGACAAGAUAAGCGACAUCGAAUGGUUCUCGAUUCUAGUCAAGACCGGCGUCUACCGAGAUGGCAUGGUUCCUCGAUAUCCCCCCAAGAAAACGUGUGAGAACGUCCUGGAAGCCGUCAAAUUCGCCAUGGAGCGUGAGAUCUCCAAGGAUAUGAACGGCACGGACUUGAAGGAGUCAAGCUCUGCAGGCCUACGAAAUUGA